AUGGCGUUGCGAUGUCGUUGGUGCGGUAUACGCGAAUUUAUAUUUCGAGACAAUCCUGUGAAACAAUUCGUCGAUUUUGUCACGAGACCGAGGAAGAGUUUCAAACAGAUCAUCUGCAUCGCACACAACGCAAGCGCGUUCGAUGCGGAAUUUAUCCUACGGUAUUUGGUCGAGAGCGGUAAUCGCGUGGAACCUAAGCUUAUUUUAAACGGUACGAAGAUUAUAUUGUUAACUAUUGGGCAAACGAAAUUUAUCGACAGUGUUAAUUAUAUGCCUAUGCGCUUGUCAGCAUUACCAAAAGCCUUCGGGUUAAAGGAUACUGCAGGCAAAGGCCUGUUUCCGCAUUUAUUUAACACUGUCGAAAAUCAACAUUACAUCGGACCGAUACCAGAUGCAAGAUACUAUUCUCCUGAAACGAUGAGACCGUCUGAGCGUGAGCGGUUUUUAGAAUGGCACGAGGACAUGGUGCGCAAAAACAUAGAAUUUGAUUUCCAACGGGAAAUUGUGAGCUAUUGCCGGAACGAUAUCGAUAUUCUUCGACGGGCUUGUUUUGCGUUCCGUAAGAUUUUCCUGGAUCGUGGAAAAGUAUGUCCGUUUGAAGAAUGCACAACCAUCGCAUCUACGUGCAUGAGAGUAUUUCGUAAAAACUUUCUGCGUGAAAAGGAGAUAGGUAUUAUUCCUUCGGGUGGGUAUCGGCGUGUCAACAACCAAUCCCGCAAAGCAUUGAAAUGGUUGUUGUGGAUGGAGCACGAGCUCGGUCAUACUAUAACGCAUGCAGGUAAAUCUCGCGAACAUCGCAUACCGGAAGGGCUGCUUGUCGAUGGGUAUUACGAGACAACGAAUCCUGCGCAAAGACACGUGUUGCAAUUUCACGGGUGUUUUUGGCAUGGAUGUCCAGCGUGUUUCAAGGUGAGUCGCGAUACCCCGCUCUCGACCACCGUGAAAGGGGAUACUAUUGAGUCGCGAUACGAGCAUAUACGCGUGACAACAUCUCGUCUACAGAAGCUAGGUUACAUCGUAACGAAGAAGUGGGCGUGCGUCUUCGAUCGGGAGUUACAGGACAAUCAACCGAUAUACGAUUUCCUUGCGAAUCACUCGAUGUUAGAAACUGAGCCUCUCGAUCCUCGCAAAGCGUUCUUCGGUGGUCGUACAGGGAACAUCGUCACCCGGUGCGAUGUUGCGGGUACGGAGAAAAUACGUUACGUAGACGUAUGCUCCUUGUACCCGUUUGUCCUAAAGACGGGUUCUUUUCCGCUCGGUCGCCCGGACGUGUACGUGGGUGAAGAAUGUUUCGCCUUGAUUGGUAUAGCCCCCGAUUUUGACUUUAGCAGAGUGGAGGGGAUCGUGCGGUGCAAGGUGCUCGCUCCGCGUGAUCUCUUUCACCCUGUACUCCCAUUUCGCGUUCGCGGAAAAUUAUUGUUCGCCCUAUGCCGUAGUUGCAGCGAGACAUUUUCUCAAUCUCCGUGCACACAAUACGCUCAAAGAUAA